GCAUCACAACAGUGAGAGGGAAAAGGAGAUACGUCCACAACAGUCACAACAAUACGAGUGAAUCAUCGGUGCCUUGCCAUUUCCGUGCAAUAGGCCGACGCUGGCUGGCGGUUGCUGGUAGAGCAUCUCCUAUACCCUGCUAGGGACCCCUAACGAACAGCAGCAGCAAUAGUAAUGCAACCUAUUACCUCUUCCAUAGCGGUGGACUCGUACACCACCCCGUCCGUCAACGCAGCCUACAAACGCGCAAACGGAGAGUCCGCCCUCUCUAACCACGCAACAACGGUGGUCCUGCCAGCACUGUUGCGUCCCCAGCUUGUCGUUCUGUCCGAUGACGACUUGCGGGGGCUGGAACGGCGGAUGUACUACGAAGACCGUACGGCGCAGCGCAACGACCGCAUCGAGGAGCGUGUGUCGAGGGCGUCUGCACAGGCACGGGCAGCAGCAGAGCAACGGGAGGUGCAGCUGCGGAAACGUGCGGCUCGAAGCGCCAAAGCGGCGGGCGAGCUGCGUGUGAGGCAGAUACAAGAGGAAUAUAGAACGACCGGGAUGCGUUAG